AUGGCCGGGAGAAACCACCGGAUGCCCCGCCACCCGGAAAAUUUCCGGGAGGAUUUCCACCCAGGCCCGCGCCAUGGGCCCAUUCUCCGGGCCCACCCGGCAGCCCUGGAAGAGGAACUGGAGCUCCAGCACCGAGAAAUCCAGCGAGUGUCAGCAGAAAACUAUCGUGUGGUGGACGAGAAUGUGAGGCUGCAACGGGACCUGACAUCCGUGAAGGAUGAGAUCCACCGGUUGGGCCGGGUCGUGAUGCCCAAUCUACAGGCCGAGAUGGAGGCCCAGAAGCGGGAGCUGGUGGAGCGUGGGCUGAAGGUUGAGGCUGAGGUCCGGGCCUCUGAGCCCCUGAGGGCUGAGGUGGCCCAGCUGAGGGCUGAGGCCCAUAAGCUUGGGUUGGAAAGGCAAGAGCUGGGGUCCAAGGUCCAGGGCCUGAGCAAGGAUGUGAGCCGGCUGAAGGCAGAGAAUAAGCAGGUUGAUUCGAUGAAGUCCGAUGUGGAUAAGGUUCGUAGCGAAAUCUUGGAUGCUAGACGAGCUUACGAAUAUGAGAAGAAAAGGAAUGAAGAGGUGGUGGAGCAAAAUCGGGCCAUGGAGAAAAACCUUAUCGGGAUGGCUCGUGAAAUAGAGAAGCUGCGUGCUGAGCAAGCUAACGCGGACAGGAGAGGAAAGGGGGCUGGAGGAUAUGGGCUGGUAAACGGAAGCCCAGACACGAAAUAUCCAGGCGUGUAUGGAGACGUAUAUGGAGCCGGGCCUUUUGGCCCGUACGACAAACGUCAAAGGCGUUGA